UUAUUAGAGCCAAGGAGAUCCAGCGACUCUGGCAUACUUUCAUUGUAAACUCUCCCAAGGUACAACAACUAUCAUUGUAUGGUAUCAUGUCAUCGUCAUCAGCAGCAUUACAUCAGCCAUUUAGACGUGCUUCGCUGCCGUACAAUCACAGUGACCUAAUGAAUGAGGAAUAACAGAGAGAGAAGAGGAGCCUAGCAUAAAACCUUAGUGUCCUAAACAAACAAUCAGGGUUAAGGCGCCUACACCUUGUCAACAAUGUACUGUCACAAACAGCUGGCUAUCGUGCAAUACUAAGAUUCGUCACGAAUAGCCUUAAUGGGAAAGUCCUCACGUGAUAAACGGGACAUUUACUACCGUCUUGCAAAGGAGAAAGGUUGGCGCGCUCGCAGUGCCUACAAAUUGAUGCAGUUAGAUGAUAAAUUCGGUUUGCUGAAGUCAACAGAGGAGAAUCCACUGGAACGUGUUGUGGAUCUGUGCGCUGCACCCGGAAGUUGGUCACAAGUAUUGUCCAAACGUCUUUGGGAGGUCAGGGCUCCUGAAGAACGCGAACGUGUAAAGAUUGUUGCAGUGGACCUCCAAGCCAUGGCACCGAUACCCGGCGUCAUUCAGCUUCAAGGUGACAUCACUAGCGGCAAAACCGCCAAGGAAAUCAUCAAAUGCCUUUCUGGGGAAUUCGCACAGCUGGUGGUCUGCGAUGGCGCACCGGACGUCACUGGUUUGCACGAUCUUGACGAAUACGUGCAGUCACAUCUGAUCUUGGCAGCUUUGACCAUAUGCGCACGCAUAUUGCAACGCGGUGGAACUUUUGUCGCAAAGGUCUUUCGUGGGCGGGAUGCCGGACUUUUGGGCUCUCAACUUCGUUGCUUGUUCGAGGGGACUGUGUCCUUUGCAAAACCACGAUCCAGCCGUAACUCCAGCCUCGAAGCCUUCGUGGUUUGUCAAGGUUAUUCAGGUCCUCGGAUGCGCAUGUCUUCAGUUUCGCCAAGCGACAGUGAAGAUAGGGAAAAAGAGGAGGAGGAGGAGGAGGUGGUCGAAGAGUUCGCACCCCUUUUGCUUCAGUGGUAUAACGAAGACAACUUCGAAUCACUAAAUCCCGAGGAUCAGUGCAUCUUGCCGUUUGUCGCAUGCGGCGAUCUGUCAGGAUACGAUGCCGAUCUCUGCUACACACUGGACGCUGACUACGUUUCCCUACCCCCGGUGCAAGCACCAAUUGAUCCAGCUUACUCCGAAGUGUGUCGAAAGGCGCGCGCUGCUCGUUCAGCACAAACGAAAAAGGACAACAUUCCGAGAGCAGCCGAUCAGUUCGUUGACUCCGUUUUACUAGAUGAAACGGUCGCAGCGCUAUCCGACUCACUCCACGUGACGGAUUGA